CAGGGCUAUCUUUAUGGGGCCACCCAAAAUGCACCAAACACAUCAUGCACCAAAUACAUCAGCAUGCAUUUGUAUUUGCACCAGAUUUGUUGCUGUGUGUCUUCAAGGCGUAUCUGACUUAUGGCCAGCCCUAAGGCAACCCUAUCCUGGGGUUGUCUUGGAAAGAAAUGGACUUUGAAGCAGUUACAAAGUACUCGAAACUCCAUGCCAAACCUCCAGGGCUUUCCCUUCAAUAUGGGACAGCCGGCUUCCGGACCAAGGCAGAAAACCUCGAUCAUACCAUGUUUCGCAUGGGCUUGCUGGCUGUGUUGAGGUCCAAACAGACCAAAUCCACCAUUGGUGUUAUGGUCACAGCCUCUCACAAUCCUGAAGAAGACAAUGGUGUGAAGCUGAUUGAUCCUCUGGGUGAAAUGUUGGCAGCUGCAUGGGAGGAACAUGCCACACGCUUGGCCAAUGCAGAAGAGGAGGAGUUGCAGCGUGUGCUGACUGACAUCUGCCGCAAGGAAGCAGUAGACCUCCUGGGCAACGCAUUUGUUGUUAUCGGCAGGGACACUAGACCUAGCAGCAAGAAGCUUUCACAGUCAGUAACUGAUGGUGUGUCUGUCCUUGGAGGUCAAUACCAUGACUAUGGGUUAGUAACAACACCGCAACUACACUACAUGGUCUGCUGUCGAAACACUCAUGGCAACUAUGGGAUUGCGACAGUGGAAGGCUACUAUGAAAAGCUCUCCAAUGCUUUUGUGGAGCUUACAAAACAGGCUAUGAGCCAAAGAGAUGGGCAUAUAUCCUUGAAGGUUGAUUGUGCAAAUGGCAUUGGUGCUCUGAAACUCAAAGAAAUGGGACGCUACUUCCCUGCGUGCCUCAUGGUGCACAUAGACAACGAUGGGACCAAAGGGAAACUCAAUCAUUUGUGUGGAGCUGAUUUUGUAAAAGUUCAUCAGAAGCCUCCUGUAGGACUUGAAAUGAAGCCUGGUGAGAGAUGCUGCUCCUUUGAUGGGGAUGCUGACCGAAUAGUUUACUACUAUACUGAUGUUGCUGGCCAUUUUCACCUUCUGGAUGGCGACAAAAUAGCAACCCUAAUCAGCACUUUCCUUAAAGAACUUCUGGUCAAGGCUGGGCAAACACUAACAUUUGCAGUAGUACAAACAGCCUACGCCAAUGGGAGCUCUACGUGUUAUUUGGAAGAAACCAUGAAGGUGCCUGUCCACUGUGCCAAAACAGGAGUGAAACACUUGCAUCACAAAGCUCAAGAGUUUGACAUUGGAGUUUAUUUUGAAGCAAAUGGUCAUGGCACAGUGUUGUUCAGUAAAGCUGCAGAACAAAAGAUAAGAUAUCAGGCAAAAGAGGAGAAAGACAACCGAAAAAGAGAAGCUGCAAAGAUGCUUGAAAACACAAUUGACUUGAUAAAUCAGACGGUUGGUGAUGCCAUUUCAGAUAUGCUGUUGAUUGAAGCCAUUUUGGUUUUGAAGAACCUCACAGUAGCACAGUGGGAUAGCAUGUACACGGAUCUUCCUAAUCGGCAACUCAAAGUUAAGGUUGCUGAUAGACGAGUCAUUGACACGACAGAUGCUGAAAGGCGAGCAGUGACACCUCCAGGAUUGCAAGAGAAAAUCGAUGACCUUGUCAACAAGUUUCAGUUGGCUCGAGCCUUCGUUCGCCCGUCUGGAACGGAAGAUGUAGUCAGAGUCUAUGCUGAAGCAGACACACAGGAGAAUGCAGAUAACCUUGCUCAUGAAGUCAGCCUGGCUGUCUACCAUUUAGCUGGGGGUGUUGGAGAACCACCAAAGGCUGUAACGUCAUGAUGUGCGCAUUGUAAAGUCGAACCUUAAAUUGUCCAUUGUGGCCUUUUUAUUACUUCACAUUUCCUAUGUUAAAUCUUUCCUAGUUGAAACUCUAAGAUUAAAUUUUGAUUAAUAAAAAUGAAGCUAUAUUAGAAA